UUCUCUGGUUGCGCCAGAGUUGCCCUGCCCUGCCCAUACACUACCCAGUCCCGUCCCUAACCAGGUAGCCCGCCUUGUGCCCCUGGUGAUUUUGCACCGAGUGGAAUGGGCCGGAAACCUGCACCGCAGCCGCUCUCACUCGGGGAGACCACGCGGCCCAGCGACGACUCUCGCCAGACUGACACUGGCCUCCGUUCUGCGCGACUCCCGCCCGACACUGCAUCCCCUCGAUCGCCGCGCUCGGCCGUGCGCUACGGCCCGUCCCAGGCAGACAUUGCCAGCGGAGAGCCCAAGCCGCUUGCCGAUGUGCUGCACCAACCCCAACAGUCGCUACCUGUAGAGCAGCAAGACGAGCAGCGGCCGCAGCAGCAGCGGCAGCGGCGGCGUCUCGACGACAGCGGCUACGACCCGCCGCCGCAGCCCUCGCCAAGGGAUCGUCCCCCUGAGGACCAACAGCAACAACAACAACAACAGCAGCAGCAGCAGCAGCAGAAGCAGCACAACCAUUAUCAGCGACAACAACAACAACCGGGCCACAGACACCCGCGGCGCGGCGAAGACAAGGCCUCGAAAUCAGGCUUCUUUUUCAUUUUCGGGAAAGGGGCUAAGACAUCAGACCGUCCCGUCGUGCACCAGCACUCCAAUUCCCGCUCCGAGGUCAUGUCUCGAGACUUGGACCGCCAGGAUCUCUCGCAACAAAGCACCAGGCAACCAGAUCCGUCCCAACAAGACGAACCAGCUCUGAAGCCGAACACACCACUGCCAAACAAGUCCGAAGUGUCCCUCGCCUCGACGGCAGACUCCGAUAACCCGGGUAACUCGACGUCCUCGGCCAAGAAGUCAAAACCCAAGCCAUUCAACCUACUCGGCCGCAGCAGGUCGACCAAGGACAAGGACGGCAAGGAGAGCAAGGACGACAAAGACGGCAAGGACGGCAAAGAGAACAAGGACAGCCCGAGUCCCAGGGACCACGUCCAUCCCGUAGCGCCGGCGCCCGUGAAGGUCGCCGAGCCCAAGAGACCCUCCACUGCGGUCGCGGCUCCGAAGACGGCCCCGCUCCAAACACUCGACCGUUCAUUCCGGGAGAUGAUGUCCUCGGCCGUUAGGAAUCAUUCGGCCGAGCGGUCCCAGACCAGGGACGGGGGCGGGAAGGGCAAAGGCCAAGAGAACCAACAGAAGGACCAUGCCUCCUCCUCCUCCUCGUCCUCGUAUACGCCGACUCCCGGGGCCGCUUUCUUGAGCAACCUCAAGCACAGCAGAGCCGCAGGCAUGCUCAGCAACCGCUUCUUCGGGAGCUCGAGGCACGAGCCGCCCCCUCCCAAGGAGCCGGUGGUGGACGACGAGCAUUAUGUCCUCAAGGUCAUCAACCUCCCGCUCGUCGAACAGACUCGCCUCACGAGGAUAUCCAAGCGGCUGGAGGACUCCCGAGACAAGACCGAGUUCUGGAUGCCCGCGUUCCCCUGGAGGGCGAUAGACUACCUGAAUUAUAAGGGCAGCGAAGUCGAAGGCCUCUACCGGGUUCCGGGCAGCGGACCGCAGAUCAAGAAAUGGCAGCGGAAGUUUGAUGAGGAAUUGGACGUGGAUCUCUUUGAGCAGCCGGAUCUUUACGACAUAAACAUCGUGGGAUCCAUGCUCAAGGCCUGGUUAAGAGAGCUCCCCGAUGAGCUCUUCCCCAAGGAGGCCCAGGAGCGGAUCGCGAGGGAGUGCGCCGGGGCGGAGAAGGUGCCGGAUCUGCUCGUCGAGGAGCUCUCGCAGCUGCCGCCUUUCAAUUACUACCUCCUCUUUGCCAUCACCUGCCACCUGAGCCUCCUCCUCGCCCACUCGGACAAGAACAAGAUGGACUUCCGUAACCUGUGCAUCUGCUUCCAGCCAUGCAUGAAGAUCGACAGCUUCUGCUUCAAGUUCCUGGUCUGCGACUGGCGCGACUGCUGGAAGGGGUGCAAGAACGAGGCCAAGUACAUCGAGGACGAGUAUGCGCUCUUCAACGAGCCACCCCCGAAGGGAAUCAGCAGCGGGAGCAAGAAGCCCAGCAGUAGCAGCACGGGCGACGAGGACAAGCGCGAGACGCGCACCGCCUCCUCGUCGGACAGCAGCAAGAGCCCGAACCGCGGGGCAAGUGAGCAAAAGGGGCGGAUCAAGAGGAAGCCGCUGGCCGAGACGGAGAGCGCCGAGACGAGCUCCACAGUAUCGACGACAAUCACGGUCGGCAGCGAGCGAGAGGCGACGCCGGCAAAGCCGGGCGACUUGCGACCUCUUUCGCCCAUCAAGCCACUCUCGCCGCUGAACCUCUGAGAUCUAUCUCCUUCUAUCCCCCGAUUCUUCUCUCCCCCGUUUGCCCUGAAGAAAGCGAGCACUUGUUGUUCUGCGUCCGCGAGGAAUCAUCAUCGUUGUACCAAACGCAACCAUCUCUCUAUUCAACCGACCUUACGCUGUUGACGAC